AUGAGCUUCAGAAACUUCUUAAAAGUGUUCAAGAAUUGUAAACUUGAAGAAAAUAAGAAUUCUCAACACAGUGUUUCUGGUGCUCAAGAUGUUGAGAGGCUUCAACAGGAAAAUGAGAGUCUUCAAGCAAAAAUUUUCUCACAAAGUUCCAAGCUUACAACGCAAAUUACAACUGUAAUUGAAGCUGUUCAAAGUGUAAUUGAUGACCUUGACUCUAAGAAAAAUUCAGUUGAUAAGCUUCAGUCUCAAGUGAAUGACCUUAAAAAGAAAAUUGAUGCUAAGCAAAAUCAUAAUGUUGAUCAACUUAAAAACCUUAAAAAUCAACUUGAAGCAGCACAAAAUGAUUUCCCUGAAAAAGAGUCUAAAUCUCUUGACUCUCAUCAGGCUUCCAAGAGGUCUCUUGGGACACUGAAAGAGCUUUGUGAAUAUGCUAAUUCACUUGAAAAAAAUCAACAAAAUGAAAAUCCUUCAACAACAUUAUUAAAUAACCUCUGCACAGGCCUCGAAAAAUUUCUCGGCUACGAGAAAGGGAAUUACACUGGCGAGGGAAUCGUGUACUCUGACCUCGACAGGCUCUGCGACGGGGUGAUGUCUUUCCUUCAUGGAGUGCUUGAGAGUGUGAAAGGUGAUGAUAGUGUCAAAACGUAUGAUAAUAAUAUGCGUGAUGAGGAAAAAUUAGAUAAACUUCUCAAGGAACUUUAUGAUUCCAUAGGUAAGGGGUCUGGCGUUUUGGCUGAUCAGGUUGGCAAGGUGAGUGCGUGGCUUGGGAGGUAUGAGAGUGAGGUGAACAAGAAAUGUGAAGAUGUUAAGACGCCUGUAAGAGAAAUGAAAACGCUUAUUAAUCACGACAAAACAUUAAUCGAAGAAGAGCAACAUAACGCCCUUAAGAAACAAGUUGGGGACUGGACUCAUCGCGCCAAGUUGUACAUAGAGAAGGCCGAAAAGGCCAAGAACGCUUUGGAUCAUCUUGAUCCUACGCUUUCAGGUAAGUUAAAUAAUAACAUUUCAUUGCUGUUGCAGGCGACGAAGACUUUUGAUGAUAACGCUAGGAGUGAUGAUUUGAAGCGUAUGUCUGACGUGGCCGGAACGAAGAUGACGGAGAUCACUGAGUAUAUAAGAAAAACCUUCGGGGAGAAAAGCGCAUUGAUCCGAACAUAUUUGAAGAAGGAGAUCGGCGCAUUGCACGAGAAGCUGGAAGGGUUGCGUGCUGGCAAAUUUACUGCGUUAGGUAUACUGGUCAAGAAUGAACUUCAGAUAGCGUUUGGUGAGGUGCGUGCAGGGAUUAAUGCGCUUGAAAAGAGGUAUGGAGGUGAGAUUGCUGGUCCGGUUGGAAGUCUUAAGAGUUAUUCUGAGAGUUUUGAAAAACGAUUUCGUACAACUCAUACUGCGCUGCAGAACGCGAUAAAGGCCGUGGAAACGGAUAUCGGAAAUCUUAACGAACUUGAAAAGGUUGAGCAGAUCAUGGAGGGAGCAAAUUCAUACGUCCAAGUUCCUUUACUGCAAGCCAUGCAAAAAGGCACCGCGUUUUCCGAACUCAAAACAUAUUUCCGCAAUCUUGACAGCCAAGUUAUGAAACAUGUUAUGGAGGCAAUGGAGGCGAUCGCCAAAGGUUCAACAUAUUUGUAUCCCACAGAUCUGAAUGAAGUUAAAGCACCACUUACCAAGGUGAGAGGAAUCUUGGACGGAACAAGUGCCGUUCCAAAUUUCCAAGAGAUCAUAGCCCAGCUCAAGGAAUACGGCGUUAAGACGGAUGACGUUGAUGAUUUGAAGACGAAACUACCUAAACUUUCAGGAACUGUGCAGAUUGCAAUAGAGAAAGUUGAGCGCUCUGAAACACCACAAAAACAAGAAACAAGUUCCCUUUUUACCGCCCUCGCGCAAAUUGUCGACGCCGUCUCCCAGCACUCCAAUGACAUAGUUACGGCACUUGUUAAGGCAAUUAACGAUAAAGUAAAAGAGGAGGUUACGGCUGUAGUAAAAGUUAUUAAGGCUAAUGUUACUAAAAUAAAAAAUGGCAUUGAAAAUACCGUGGAUGACAGGCAUGACUAUGGUGGCGGUAGCCCCGGCGUUGGCCAGCCAGCCCCCGGUCUACAGAAGUUAGUGAGCGAGUUCAAAUCUCAGAUUAAUCAGGAGCUGACGACGCUUCAAGGGAAUGUCGGUAAGGAAGCUGACAGAAAAGAAGGCGACAGUAUUUAUUCGAAUUUGCUGAAGGUUAAAGCGGAUGUGACUGAUCUUGGCACCAAGGUUGCGAAUGUUGUCGAUCACGUGGACAAAGUUAGCACAGAUCUUGCAGCUUGUAUUCUAGACGCCGAAAUGCUGAUUGCAAAUGCCUCUCAAAUGACUGAAAAGGCCAUAGUUCAAUUGCGAGAUGCCGCCAAUAUUAAAAUCCAACAGGCCUUCACCUCCCUCCAAUCCAAAGCCAAAUCCCUCUACACCGAGCGCAAGACAAAGGAAGUCGAAGCCCUGCAGAAGAUCGUGGAGAAAGAGUUCACUGCGAUCGAUAGUAUUAUCAAACACGAUAAACAAAGAGGCCUUAAGGGUUUAUUGACCAAAUUGCAAAUGUCGUUGGAUGCUCAUUUACAGGAAUUUGGGACAAAAUCCCAAAAGCCUCACACAGUCUCACAGUUCGCUGAAAUCGUUAGGAAUUCUCACAUGUGCUCUUCUACGGAUUAUAUGAUCAACAUGAUUUCACGCCGUUGGAAUCCAAUUUUCAUCCUUAUGUGGAGCAUCUUCAGAAUUUGCUCAUACAACUUGAAACAUCUAAACACUUCCACCAUGAGGUGA